AUGGGAAAACCACUGGGAAUGAAUCGCUGCUUUUUAAAGGUUUUGGCUGCUUUUUUGACAUAUAUCAUGGAGGCAAACUUCAGAGUUGUGGAUGCCAAGGAGUACGAUUCCAGAUCAUCCUCCAAUAUGUCUCCAUCAGACUUUCUGGACUCACUCAUGGGUCGCACCUCCGGGUAUGACGCACGAAUCAGACCAAAUUUUAAAGGUCCACCAGUUAAUGUUACCUGCAACAUAUUUAUCAACAGCUUUGGUUCUAUAGCAGAAACUACAAUGGAUUACAGAGUGAACAUCUUCCUGCGGCAGAAGUGGAAUGACCCUCGGCUGGCGUAUAGUAAAUACCCAGAUUCCUCCCUCGACCUGGACCCCUCCAUGUUGGACUCCAUAUGGAAGCCCGACCUCUUCUUUGCCAAUGAGAAAGGAGCCAACUUCCACGACGUGACUACAGAUAACAAGCUGCUGCGGAUCUUCAAAGACGGGACGGUUCUCUACAGUAUCAGGUUGACUCUCAUUCUGUCCUGUCCAAUGGAUCUGAAGAACUUUCCGAUGGAUGUCCAGACUUGUACAAUGCAACUGGAGAGUUUUGGCUACACCAUGAAUGACCUGGUAUUUGAGUGGCUGGAGAACGGUGCAGUGCAGGUCUCUGAUGGGCUCACACUGCCUCAGUUCAUUAUGAGAGAAGAAAAGGAGCUGGGUUAUUGUACAAAACAUUACAAUACAGGUAAAUUCACCUGCAUAGAAGUUAAAUUUCAUCUGGAGCGACAGAUGGGAUACUACCUGAUCCAGAUGUACAUCCCCUCCCUCCUCAUUGUCAUCCUCUCCUGGGUGUCUUUUUGGAUUAAUAUGGAUGCUGCUCCUGCCAGAGUGGCGCUAGGCAUCACCACUGUGCUUACCAUGACCACCCAAAGCUCCGGCUCCAGAGCUUCUCUUCCAAAGGUCUCUUACGUGAAAGCCAUUGAUAUCUGGAUGGCUGUGUGUCUGCUCUUUGUAUUUGCUGCAUUGCUAGAAUAUGCUGGGGUUAAUUUUGUCUCCAGGCAACAGAAAGAGUUCCUCCGCCUGAGGCGAAGACAAAGGAGGAAUCACAAGGAUGAAGACAUGCAUGAAGGCCGCUUUAAUUUUGCUGGCUACAACGCCAGUCAGUGUCUGCCAACGAAGGACGGCUCAGCUGUUAAGAACGCAGCUCCAGCUCCAAACCCUCAACCAUCAGUCUCUAAGGACAUAGACACCAUGAGGAAAAAGUUUGUGGACAGAGCCAAGAGGAUAGACACAAUCUCCAGGGCUGCUUUUCCUCUGGCAUUCCUCAUCUUUAACGUGUUUUACUGGGUUACCUACAAGAUCAUCAGGCAUGAGGACAUCCACAAACAGUAGACUUUUUUAUCUCUGAGAUAAACAUUUACUUCUCAUUUCUCAGAUUAUAAAGUUCUCAGAAAGCACAGCAACAUAAGAUGGGAGGCUGUGCAUUGAGAGGCACAAUGGUGAUCUUUCAGGGAUAAUGUACAAUGUUCAUACAUUAUACUGAAAUGCUGGUGUUCAGAUUAUAUGAGCAGCCUUUGGGACACAGAUGCUGUUGUUGGUGUUGUACUGCUGCAUAAUAUUUCCUGACUAAAUCUGGAAAAAAGGUUUUAACUCAAGGCUUAGUAGCAUGCUGGAGAAGAUGGACCAAUGAUUUUGUAAAAUCAAUCCUGCCUUGGCACCUUUACAACCAAGGAGCAAAGACACAUUCCACGGAUUUGUAAAAGUAAGGUAGCAUAGAUGGACCCUCAAAAUUUUGUCACGGCUCAAAGGGUAUUUCUUAUCAAGGGUGUCUAGGACUCUUUUAUAUUGUACUAUUUCCACAGCACUUCCUCUCUGUUUUUACAAGCUUCAAAGCUACACUGUUAGAAAACCCAUACAAACACAUCCUUCAGACUUCAGGCAGCAGUACAUGUACGUUUCAGGCAUGAGUGUGAUGUAAAUCUAGAUUUGGAAUUCAAUACUGCUUUUUUCUGAAAUACAGGAGGCCUUAGAUAUCAAAGAUUUGGUGAGAUGAAGCGCUUUCCGUCUCUAUUUUUGCAAGAAUUUCCGCUUGUUCAGUGGUCUUAUCGAAACCGAAAGUAAAACACAAGAAAUUUUCUAUCUAUGGGCCGACAUCCAAAGGUAU